CGUCUCACUGCUCAGCUCCCCCGCGCUCCCUCCCGUGCACGCAAGGCACCCGACGGGAUGAAAGCGAGAGGGCGUGAGCUUUAAAUGGCCUCGCCGCUAACCACUGCUACUUCAGCCGCGCGAGCCCGUGCAGCGAUUGGGAUUUUUGGGGGCGCUCCGGCGCGCGGAUCGGGAGGAGCGGGGGCGCUAGGGUUUGGGGGAGGCUUUGGGCGGCGAGAGCAGGGGAGGAGGUCUGGAUUUGGAUGGUCGCGGCGGCGCGGCGGUGGAGUUGGUGUGCUUCCCGGAGGCGGUCUUCAUGGGCAGGUCGUUCAGGGACUCGCUCAAGGUGCUUGAGGCCGACAUCCAGCACGCCAACUCGCUUGCUUCUGAAUUUCGGAGGGAAUAUGAUGGCGCCACCCUUCAGAUGAGGAUGGCAUAUUGCCCUGCUGCCCAUUUUUUCCUUUUUCUUGUGCAGUGGACAGAUUGCAGCCUUGCUGGUGCACUUGGGCUGUUGAGGAUUCUAAUUUAUAAGGUUUAUGCUGAUGGGACAACCACCAUGUCUACUCAUGAAAGAAAAGCAAGCAUCAGGGAAUUUUAUGCUGUCAUAUUUCCUUCUUUGAUGCAACUACAUGAAGGAAUCAAUGAAGUAGAGGAUAAGAAACAGAAAGCAAUAUGUAUAGAGAGGUAUAAAAAACGAGACGAGGAUCCGGAAAUGGUGAUAUCAGAGAUUGACGAUAAUAUAGAGGAGGAAUGUGGCAUAUGUAUGGAGAUAAACACCAAAGUUGUUCUUCCAACUUGUAGCCAUGCUAUGUGCAUUAAAUGCUAUCGUGACUGGAGGUCAAGAUCCCAGUCCUGUCCGUUCUGCCGCGACAGCCUCAAGAGGGUAAACUCUGCUGACCUAUGGAUAUACACGGAUAACAGGGACAUCGUCGACAUGGCGACAGUCCGAAGAGAGAACCUGAGGCGACUCUUCAUGUACAUAGACAAGUUGCCCACCGUCAUCCCAGAGUCUGUCUUCGAUGUCUACGACUCCCAUGUGAAGUGACGCUGGGCUCAUCAGCCAAUUGUUUAUGGGCGUGCUACGUCUAGUGCUGAGCCCUGGGCGUCUGGUGCUGUGUGCUUUUUUAAGAGGCUCGCAGCCGCUCUCUGGAUGCUGAGGAGGCUAAUUUAUAUAGUACAUAUGUAAGUAGAACUUGUUCUAUCAUCCUGUGUGGUGUGCUGAGUUAUAGGGGCUUAGGACAAUCUGACCCUUUGUCAGUGGGAUAUCAUGGGUAUGGCAAGCAAACGGUGAUGUUCAUAUGGGCGUUCAUCUGAUGGAUGUUCUGGUGCGUGUUUCUUGUAAAUGAUUGGAUAGAUGUAUGCAGUUGUCAAUUGCAGAAAAGUGGUGGUUUUUAUCCUGC